AUGACCUCAUGCUAUAGUUUCAAGGCCGUCCUAUCGCCCUAUCUAUUCUCCGCCACGAUCUCUCAAGAUGCUACGCUGGAAUCUCUGCGCACCUCUUCCACCGUCCUAUUUACCGCCGUCAUGCUCGUCAGCGCUCUCCAUAUUCCUGGUCGUGAAUAUACACAUGAAAUUUGCCAUAGUCGAUUCUUAGGUCUGCUCUCCUCCGCCAUCUUCGAUCGUAUGCACACCUUAGACGACAUCCGAGGCUUAUGUAUCGCAGCCUUCUGGGAACCGGACUUGAGCUGGAAGUUGAGUGGUAUUUGUAUACGCAUGGCCACUGAGCUCAAUCUUCAUCACGCUUUCUACGAGGCUUUUUAUACUUCCGAUAUUAGUGAAGACGCGCGCAGGGAUAAUCUUGAAAAAGCAAGGCUGUGGUAUCUGCUGUUUGUUCUUGAUCACCAGUCGAGUGUUGCAUACGGUCGCCCUCCAGUGAUGGCGGAACUUCGACCGAUCAAGGACUUUGAGGUCCUUCUCAACUCACCCUGGUGCACGCUGUUAGACCAAACACUAAUUUCACAGGUGACUGGUCUGGUCAUCCUGAGCAAGGCGUUCCAGACAUUUGGGUUUGAGCCUAAAAGAACCAUGGGCGGAGAUGAUGCGUCUGUCCUGAAUCAUUUUCGCUUUACAGAAGAUGCUCGCUCAUGGAAAGAGCGAUGGGAUUUGCGAAUGCUCAGCCUUGGCGGAGGUGUCGAUCUUCAUUACUACUUUAGCGAGCUAGUGUUACAUUCACUUGUGCUGCGAGGCAGGCCUCUUGAUACACUUCACGAUCUGCCUACAAGCCUUCGGCCUUUGACUCUGAGGGCAAUUGAGGCCGCGCAUUUGCUCCUCCAGCAGUUCAUCGAAGAGCCGGGAUAUCGCGAUAGUAUCGUUGGCAUGCCAUUAUAUUUGCAUUCCAUGAUCGCCUUUGCCGUGGUGUUCUUAAUGAAAAUGUCAGACCGCUGGCAAGUCAUUGGAAUUACCAUAGACCCUGCACAAAGAACUCGGCCUUUGGUUGAGAGAAUUAUCAGAUUACUUCGGGGCUGCAAGGCCGGGGCAAACCAUAUGGUCUUUAGCAUGGCAAAUGGCUUUGAAAGAAUGCUGAAACAAGCCUCAAAGCUCGGAAAGUUUCAAUCGACGGGGAGUCCGAAGGCAACCAAACGUUCAAAUACGUGGGCAGAUACCCAAAGAUCACAGCUGAGUCGACAACAAUCCGACAUGCCGGGGUAUCUUCUCGGCCAGCAGCCCUUCCAAGAAAAUGUCAACCCUCACACAGGGCCCGAAUAUCAUAUUCAAUCGACGCCCGACGUCUCCCCUUACAAUAACUGGGGGUUUCAAGACGAAGAGCUAUGGAGCCUCGGUAUGGGAUAUGAUCUUCUUGCGCCGGGUGGAGAAGGCCUCGCAAACGCAGAUUUUCCCUUUUUUUUAAACGAGGACAACCAAGUAAAUUUCUGA